CGUUGAAUGCACACAGUCGCUCGAUGCCGGAAUGCGCACGUCGGCUUUCGCGCAGUUUUUUUCCUGUCGAACAAAAACUCUACUAAAAUCGUAAUAAAUUGUUAUUAAAUAGUGCAACUUCCAUCUUUAAAUUGAUAUUAACAAUUUUAAUAUACGUCGGAUUUUACCAUCAAUUUAACAAUGAACGACGAACCUAUAAUGGCUACUAACGACGAUGCUAGCGAAUGUAAACGUUGUGCAGUUCAAUUGGGUUACUGGGAGGAUGAUUACAUUUCCCUAUUCGUCAAACAAAUACAACGGAAGGCCCCCGAAAUCCACCGUGGUUACUACGCUCGUGUCAAAGGAGUGGAGAAUUUCAUUUAUAAAUUUAUCAAAAAAGUUGGCAGUACAGGACAGAUCAUCAAUUUAGGAUCGGGUUUUGACACUCUCUAUUGGAAACUGAAGGACGACGGCAUACGUAUCGCUAACUUUAUCGAAAUCGAUUUUCCAUCAGUGACCGCGAGAAAGUGUUACAUUAUUAAACAAAAUAAACGACUGUUAGACAAAAUUUACGAACAGGAUGGUGAAGUAAAGUUGAGUGCUACUGACCUACACGCCGGCACCUAUCAUUUAAUUGGUGCAGAUUUAAGGAAUAUUGGUGAACUGGAGACGAAAUUUCAACAGGCCGAAAUCAAUUUCGAUAGUCCCACGUUAUUCAUUGCAGAAUGUGUGUUAGUGUAUAUUGAAAAUGACUGUAUUAAUAGGUUGUUGUCGUGGACCGCUUCUAAAUUUAAAUCUGCCCUGUUUGUUAAUUACGAAAUGUGUAAUAUGAAUGACACUUUCGGUGACGUUAUGCUAGGAAACUUGAGGGCUAGAGGUUGUACUUUGUCCGGUAUUGCCGCUUGCAAAAACCUAGAAACACAACGCAACAGAUUUUUGGAUAAUAAUUGGGUGGGGUCAAAGGCGUGGGAUAUGGUGCAAGUGUAUUAUGCGCUGCCUACUUCAGAGAGGCAGCGUAUAGAGAAACUCGAAUUUUUAGAUGAGCAAGAACUGCUAAUCCAGUUAUUUCAACAUUACUGCAUUUGUGUUGGUUGGUUGGGUUCUGAAUUUGCUGAUGUAGAUAUAAGCGAUAAUUAAGUUUCCUUCAGCCUUAUUCAUACAGCACUGAUUUUGGGUCUGUAGUAGUUUUUAAUACAGCACACUGUGUGUAUUCAAAACUAAAGGUAUAGUUCUGUGAUAUUGUAUGAAUAAUGCUGGCUUGUAAUGAUCUUGUCAAAUGUAUUAUAAAUAUUCUAUAGUUAUUUUUGAAGCAGAGUAAAUUAUUUUGGGGUUGUAAUAUUUACUUAAAAUGUGUGAUAUGUGGAGCUUUAUUAAAGUAUCGUAGAUAUUUUGCAUAUUGUAAAACUUCAAUCUACUAUUCGUGUUUCUUGCUCCUUACAGUUCAACAGUUAUAGGAAACAGUAAUCAGUAAAGAUAUGGUUAGUUUACUUACAAGUAAAACAUAAUAUUACUAUAA